UUUUGAAAAUUCUUUAUAGAAGGGAGCUUGGCUGGAAAAUUGUCUUGAGCUGGUUGUGGCGAGCUUACAAACAGUCCUCUCUCUCUCUCUCUCUCUUUCUCUCUCUCUCUCUCUCCUCUUUUUUUUGCUUUUCAUUUCCUACGCCACGCAUGUCUUUGCCGGCGAAGAAACCCUAGGAAAUGCCGAACAGUCUCACCUUGUCACCUCACUGGAUCUAGACCCAACGUCAGUACAGCCAAUACCAUUAAUGCUUGUUUUCUUUCUGGCAUCGAUGCCAGGAGCUCGAAUUUUGCCUCAGUAACCUGCAUUUUCUCUCAGAUCCAAGAGUCGUCUUUCUCAUCCAAGAACAGAUGUUACAGUUGCACAAGUCUUAGUUUUCUGCUGGAUUUUUGCCUUAUCAGCAGUAGUUCUAUCUCUUUGUUUGAUAUUGUUUCAGCUGAAUUGUCCUGUGUUUGGUCGUUGGAGAAACGGUGGAAACGAAAAGAAAAUGUGGUUGUUAAUAUAGCGUAGUUUAGGUUGGAUAGUUCGUUCUAGCCCCAGUUGAGUGGUGCUUGCGGUUUUCCCAGGAUCUCAAUUGGCCAAUUCUUUUCGUCAAACUUUUUCUUCGCUACCGACAGAGCAUUUAGUGAAAAUGCACCUAGUUUUGUUGAUUAUCUUUUAAAUGCGGUUGCAUUCGAGCGAAUGUCACUGAUUCUCUGUGUACGGCCUGUUUGAGAGCAGAAUGGAAAAUACGGAAGUACAACCAGUGGAAGAGUCUGCAGAACAGUCUCAAAUUUCAGAGAAACAGUCAUUGGUUAGUUCGUCACAAAGUGUGAAAAGGCAGUCGUUGGUUAGUUCGUCGGAGGGUGUGAAGAGGGCAUCAAAAACAGUAAAAUCUAACGCUACUGGGGUUGCGAAGGUCUCGAGACCAGCGGCGCCUAGUCAAAAGACAGCGGAACAGAAGAGUGGCACGGACUCGAAUUCAAGAGUGCUCAAAUCGACUGGAAGUGUGUCUUCUCGUAGCUCAAAAGCCUCAAAUCCUGUUGCUUCAACAAGAAGGAACAGCACCGGUGGUUUGCCUGAGAGAGGUUCGGCUACAGCUACAAGACGGAAAGAUGGUGUUAGUUCAAUUGCAACCAAAAAGGGCACUCCUUCGGUGACAGAUCCACUGCGUCAAUCUCUGCCUGAGCUUAGAAGGAGUUCGUUGCCUUCAGGUUCUGCAAAAUCGGCGAGUAUUUCAGAGACUAGAAAAUCUGUUCCAAUAUCUCCUGUUGGCCGGAGUUUAAGAACGUCAACUUCUUCUGAUGUAACUAAGGGAGAUUCUAUCAAGAAGUCAUCUAUUAAGCCGUCAUUAGCAGUAUCUUUAUCUUCAAAGAGGAUUGGUUCUUCAUCGUUGGAUAGUACUAGUAGCGGAGGAAUUAGGAAGGUGGUUUCAAAGAUUUCUUCUCCUUCAAUUCGGUCACCUCCAGUUAGUAGUGGAACAAAAGCUGGUUCAACAUGGUCACCAUCAGUUAGUAGUGGAACAAAAGCUGGUUCAACCCGGUCACCUUCAUUUAGUAGUGGAUCCAAAGCUGGGACUCUAUCAUCAUCAUCGGUAAAUAGGAGUUCUAGUCUAUCGGGUCGCAGGAAAGCAGGAACACCAGAAAGUCGAGAUUCUCGAUUCAUUAUUCUUCCUCAGAUUGAGAUAAAGGCUGGGGAUGAUGUGAGGUUGGAUCUAAGGGGUCACAGAGUUCGUAGUCUUAGUGCCAGUGGAUUGAACUUAUCCUCAACUCUAGAGUUUGUUUAUCUCAGAGACAAUCUAUUAUCUACAUUGGAAGGAGUUGAAAUACUAAAGCGGGUGAAGGUUCUUGAUUUGAGCUUUAAUGAUUUUAAAGGGCCUGGAUUUGAGCCACUAGAGAACUGUAAAGCCCUCCAGCAACUGUACCUUGCUGGAAAUCAAAUAACAUCACUUGCAAGUCUUCCCGAGCUCCCUAAUUUGGAAUUUCUCUCUGUUGCUCAAAAUAAGUUGAAGUCUCUGUCGAUGGCAAGUCAGCCUCGGCUACAGGUAUUAGCUGCUAGCAAAAACAAAAUAUCGACCCUUAAGGGUUUCCCACAUUUGCCUGUCCUUGAGCAUUUGCGAGUGGAGGAGAAUCCUAUACUUCAGAUGGCUCAUUUAGAAGCAGCUUCUAUUUUGCUUGUUGGCCCUACGUUGAAGAAGUUCAAUGACAGAGAUCUUUCUAAGGAGGAGGUAGCAAUUGCAAAGCGUUACCCAGCACACACGGCUUUGUGCAUCAGAGAUGGUUGGGAUUUUUGCCGUCCAGAGCAUGCUGCAGAUUCAACUUUCCAGUUCUUAAUUGAACAGUGGAAGGAUGGUUUUCCUUCGGGCUAUAUGGUCAAGGGAGUCUCUAUUGAUCAACCAUUUGAAGAAGAUCCUUGUCGUUGCCACUUUAUUUUUGUCCAAGAUGGUACUUCGGCUAGUGAUCCAAAUUUGGUUUUAAAAUAUCAAUGGUUUGUUGGAGAGAAAACGUCAAGUUUUACUGCUAUUCCUGAUGCCAUUGGAGAGGUGUACUGGCCAAAGCAUGAGGACAUUAACAAGUUUCUGAAGGUGGAAUGCACUCCCAUACUGGGAGAGGCAGAGUACCCUUCUAUUUUUUCUAUAUCUUCACCAGUUUCUCCGGGUACUGGAUGCCCAAAGGUUGUGAACCUUGAUGUGCGUGGGGAACUAGUGGAGGGGAAUAUUAUAAAGGGCUAUGCUGAAAUUGCUUGGUGUGGUGGGACUCCAGGGAAGGGUGUUGCUAGUUGGUUGAGGCGAAGAUGGAACAGCAACCCUGUGGUUAUAGCUGGAGCAGAAGAUGAAGAGUAUCAAUUGACAAUAGAUGAUGUUGAUUCACGCUUGGUUUUCAUGUAUACACCGGUCACAGAAGAAGGUUCCAAAGGGGAACCCCAUUACAAAUAUACAGACGUUGUAAAAGCAGCUCCUCCAUCAGUCCAGAAUGUUAGAAUUAUUGGAGAUUCUGUUGAAGGAAGUAUCAUCAAGGGAGUUGGGGAGUACUUUGGAGGAAGAGAAGGUCCCAGCAAGUUUGAGUGGCUGCGUGAGAAUAAGAAUACUGGAGAUUUUGUAAUAGUGUCAGGUGGUGCAGCUGAGUAUACUUUGACCAAAGAAGAUGUUGGCCAGCGCAUGGCUUUUGUGUACAUACCUAUCAAUUUUGAGGGACAGGAAGGAGAAUCCGAGUCUAUAGUGACCCCUGUUGUAAAGCAAGCACCCCCAAGAGUAACAAGUGUGAAAAUAAUUGGUGAUCUGAGGGAGAACAGCAAGGUAACUGUAACUGGCGUAGUCACUGGUGGCAGUGAAGCAUCUAGCAGGGUUCAAUGGUUCAAAACUAGUUCUUCAAAAUUGGAUGGUGAGAAUGGCCUUGAAACAGUUAGCACAUCCAAGAUUGCAAAGGCGUUUCGUAUACCUUUAGGUGCCGUUGGCUAUUACAUUGUUGCAAAAUUCACCCCCAUGACUCCAGAUGGUGAAUCUGGUGAACCAGCAUAUGUCAUAACAGAGAGGGCCAUUGAAACGCUUCCCCCAAGCUUAAAUUUCUUGUCUAUUACGGGCGAUUACAUUGAGGGUGCAAUAUUGACAGCAUCAUAUGGGUACAUUGGUGGUCAUGAAGGAAAAAGUAUUUGCAAUUGGUAUCUUCACGAGGUUGAAACAGACUCAGGUACCCUGAUUCCUGAGGUUUCAGGACUUCUUCAAUAUCGUAUCACCAAAGAAGCAAUUGGUAAAUUCAUUUCCUUUAAAUGUACCCCAAUGCGCGACGAUGGGAUAAUGGGUGAGCCAAGAAUUUGCAUGGGACAAGAGCAUGUUCGUCCUGGGAGCCCGAGAUUGCUUUCUUUACAGAUAGCUGGAACUGCAGUUGAGGGAACCACACUAUGUGUUGACAAAAAAUACUGGGGAGGCGAAGAGGGAGAUUCAAUUUUUCGCUGGUUUCAGACUAGCUUUGAUGGUACACAGAGUGAAGUUAAAGGUGCCACUGCUGCAUCAUACAAGCUUUCGGUUGAUGACAUUGGUUUCUUUAUUUCGGUUUCAUGCGAGCCUGUUAGAAGUGACUGGGCCCGUGGUCCAACUGUUAUUUCUGAACAGUUUGGACCAAUAAUACCAGGGCCUCCAACUUGUCAAUCUCUUGAAUUUCACGGAUCAAUGAUAGAGGGACAACGCUUGAGUUUUAUAGUAUCUUACAGUGGGGGGGAGAGAGGGAAUUGUUUCCAUGAAUGGUUUAGAGUAAAAAGUAACGGUGUGAAGGAGAAACUGAGCAGUGACGAGUUUCUGGAUUUGACACUUGAGGAUGUAGGAGGAUGUAUUGAACUCAUUUACACACCCAUUCGAAAAGAUGGAAUGAAAGGAAGUUGUAGGAGUGUGGUAUCUGACAUGAUUGUUGCAGCGGAUCCUAUUGGGGUAGAACUUCUUAUUCCGGAUUGCUGUGAGGACAAGGAGGUGGUUCCUACGAAAACUUACUUUGGUGGUCAGGAAGGUGCUGGGGUAUAUAUUUGGUACAGAACAAAGAAUAAGCUACAUGGCUCUUCUUUGAUGGAUAUAUCAGAUGUUUCUGAAGACGUUGUUAUUUGCGGAAAAACAUUGACAUAUACACCAUCCCUCGAAGAUGUUGGUGCUUACUUGGCCCUGUAUUGGUUGCCGAUUCGUGUAGAUGGCGAAUGUGGAAGUCCAUUAGUCUCAAUUUGCAAUAAUCCAGUGACCCCAGCUCUUCCAGUAGUUUCCAAUGUUUGUGUGAAGGAGUUGUCUUCUGGUGUGUAUUCUGGAGAAGGAAUAUAUUUUGGUGGACGUGAAGGUUCUAGCCUCUUCAGCUGGUAUAGAGAAAUGAAUGGGGGUACCAUGAUUCUUAUUGAUGAGGCAAACAUGAGAACAUAUGCCGUUACAGAUUCAGAUUACAAUUGUCGUUUGUUGUUUGGAUACACGCCAGUUCGAUCAGAUUUGAUGGUAGGAGAAAUGAGAUUAUCUGAGCCAACUAAUGUUAUUUUCCCGGAGCUUCCCAAAAUUGAGAUGCUUGCACUAACUGGAAAGGCGGUAGAAGGAGAUGUACUCACAGCUGUUGAAGUGAUCCCAACGUCCGAGGCCCAACAACAUGUUUGGGGCACAUACAAAAGAAAUGUCAAAUACCAAUGGUUCUGUUCGUCAGAAAUUGGCGAUAAAAUGUCUUUUGAGCCAUUACCUUCACAGCAGUCUUGCUCUUAUAGGGUGCGAUCAGAGGACAUUGGUCGUUGCCUAAAAUGUGAAUGCAUAGUGACUGAUGUCUUUGGAAGGUCAAGUGAGCCCGCAUAUGCGGAGACUUCUCCUGUUUUGCCAGGUUUCCCUAGAAUAGAUAAGCUGGAAAUUGAGGGGAGGGGUUUUCAUACCAACCUAUAUGCUGUCCGUGGGAUUUACAGUGGUGGAAAGGAAGGCAAAAGUAGAAUCCAGUGGCUUAGGUCCAUGGUUGGAAGCCCUGAUCUUAUCACCAUACCAGGGGAGAUAGGGAGGAUGUAUGAAGCUAAUGUUGAUGAUGUGGGCUACAGGGUAGUGGUGAUUUAUACUCCUGUUCGAGAGGAUGGUGUUGAAGGGCAACCUGUUUCUGCAUCAACAGAGCCAAUUGCAGUUGAGCCAGAUGUUCUGAAAGAAGUGAAGCAGAAGCUUGACAUUGGAUCUGUGAAAUUUGAGGCUUUAUGUGACAAGGACCGAUCUCCGAAAAAGUUGCCUGGAUUGGGAGGUCUUGAAAGAAGAAUUCUAGAAGUGAAUAGAAAAAGAAUCAAGGUUGUGAAACCAGGUUCUAAGACAUCUUUUCCUACUACUGAAAUUCGCGGAAGUUAUGCUCCUCCAUUUCAUGUGGAGCUAUUUCGAAAUGACCAACAUCGAUUAAGGAUUGUAGUAGACAGUGAGAAUGAAGUAGAUUUGAUGGUGCAGACACGGCACCUUCGAGAUGUCAUCGUUCUUGUGAUAAGAGGCCUUGCUCAGCGAUUCAAUAGCACUUCGCUCAAUUCCCUCCUAAAAAGUGAGGCAUAGCUUCUAUUGAAGGAAUGUAAAGCAAGUCUAUAGCAAAUUAUAUACAUACAUGAUCUUUCCCAUGUCUUUUUCCAUAUUUCAUUAUAAUAUUAAUGUGUUUAUUGUUGUUGGUUAUGUAUAUUAUUAAUUCAAUGAUAAUAUUAUUUGAAACAGUGAUUUCUAAA